UCGCUUAUCCUAAGCCAAACCCAUCGGAGACUAAACUAUUCAGAUAACAAUCAUGUUCUCUUCAGUACUCUUCAUAUUCUCAAAGCCCGAUUCUUUUCUGGUCUUGCUCUUUUUCUUGACCUCUUUUCACCAGCUACCUUGUGCUUUAAGUAAACGAGAGGUUAAGUUAUGUGAUACUCUGUUUCAGUGUGGGAAUCUCACAGCCGGAUUCCCUUUCUGGGGAGGGGAUCGGAUCCAACCUUGUGGUCAUCCAUCCUUGGGGCUUCGCUGCGAAACAUUGUCAAAUUCAACUUUUCUAAUCAUCUCAGGCCUGUUGUACCGUGUUUUCUGAGUAAACAUUACAAAUAGUACUCUUAAAUUAGCAAGGCAAGACUUGUUAGGUGAAUUUUACUUGGCGUCAUUCAGUGGUGAAACGUUGACCCCUGAACUCUUCGAGCUUUUGCCAGACUACAAGACUCUCUUUGCUAACUAUCUAUGCAACAAAACUCUUAUUCAUUAUCCUGCCAGUUUCUCAUGUCCAAAAAAGGGUGUUGGCUUCAUGCAUCAGAAAGAUGACCAUUACAAGCAUUGUGGUGGGAGUUUCAACAUCACUGUUCCCAUGAGUUAUACUCCAGAGGAGAAAGAUUUGAAUGUAACCAAAUUGGAAAGUGUUCUUAAAGAAGGAUUUGAGGUGAAGCUGAGGAUUGAUGAAAGACGGUGUCUAGAAUGUAAAUCCACUGGUGGAAUCUGCGCCUACCGUGCAACAACUUCAGUUUGCUGCAAGACUAACUCGUCAUCAAAACACAAAUGCACUCCAAUGAUUCCAUCUAGAUCUUUUGGUCUCUCCAAAAAAGCGAAAAUUGGCAUCGGAUUUGCUAGUGGAUUCUUCGGUACCAGUCUUUUCAUAGGAUGUAUGCUCUGUUUCAUCAUCCGAAGAAGAAAGAAACUGGAAGCUCAAAACAUAAGAAAAGGCUUAUCAACUACACUGCCUUACUCCACCAAUACAAUGUCAAACACUCCAACUAUGGACUUGUCCCUUAACGGUCUAGUAGAAAUGAAACAGUACAGUUAUGAAGAAGUGAAGAAAAUUACAAAUUCAUUUUCAAACACGGUUGGGAAAGGAGGAUUUGGAACUGUCUAUGGAGGAAACCUAUACGACGGUCGCAAGGUUGCGGUGAAAAUCUUGAAGGACUUUAAGAGAAACGGUGAAGACUUCAUCAACGAAGUCGCAAGCAUGAGCCAAACAUCACAUUUUAACACUGUUUCCUUACUUGGAUUCUGCUACGAAGGGUCCAAAAGAGCAAUUGUGUAUGAGUUUCUAGAGAAUGGGUCUCUGGAUAAAUUCAUAUCUAGCAAGGAAUCAUUGAAUCUGGAUGUGUGUACACUAUAUGGAAUCGCGCUGGGUGUUGCUAGAGGACUUGAGUACUUACAUCAUGGAUGCAAAACAAGGAUUUUGCAUUUUGACAUCAAACCGCAAAAUGUACUGUUAGAUGAAAAUCUCUGCCCUAAAGUCUCAGACUUUGGUCUUGCUAAGCUCUGCGAGAAAAGAGAAAGCAUGAUGUCUUUGCUAGACACAAGAGGAACAAUAGGUUACAUCGCACCUGAGGUGUUUUCAGGAAUGUACGGAAGAGUCUCUCACAAAUCAGAUGUUUACAGCUAUGGAAUGUUAGUCCUUGAGAUGAUUGGAGCAAAGAACAAAGUAACAAAAGAAACCGCUGCUUCCAACUCAAGUUCAUCUUACUUUCCAGAUUGGAUCUACAAGGAUCUUGAGAACGGAGAUCACACGUGGAAACUUGGUGAUGAUAUAUCUAAAGAGGAGAAAGAGAUUGCAAAGAAGAUGGCCUUGGUAGGCCUAUGGUGUAUUCAACCAUGUCCAUUAAAUCGUCCACCGAUGAACAAAGUUGUUGGGAUGAUGGAAGGAACUUUGGAUACUCUAGAAGUCCCUCCUAAGCCUUCUUUACAUCUUUCUGCAGAGCCUCUUCCAGACUCCUCUUCACUCUCAGUAAAUAAUUCGAAAUACUCUGAGGUAUUGAUAUGAGCCACAAGCGGAAAAACUAUUUUUGAGACUCAUAUACUUGGUCUAAUUAUGCUAGAGAAUUUUAUUGAAGAAAAGAUUAUGUAUAAGAAAAUCUAAAAUGUUUCAUAAGUUUAUAGUUUUUUUCUA